CGACCUUGUCGGUAUCAAUUUCCGAAUUGCUCCAUCGCGGCGUAAGUGUCGCAGCUCUUUAAAAGCUGAUGGGUAUAUAUUGACAAACAGAUCUUUAAGAGCUCGACACGCGAUUCCAACUGAAGAAAUGAUAUUGGGAACAGAGACAGAAUGAGCGACUACAAUUAAUUAAAAUCUAAUAUUUAAAAUGUUGCACGAGAUCUUAUUGUCACUUUGGGGAUGCUCGACCAGUGUAUCGCAAAUAAUACAGACAGAUUCUGUAGAUCUCGACAAAUACUUACAUCCCGGAGAACGAGCGCUGCUCGGCAGGAUAUUGGACAUUGUGAAGGAGUGCAACGUCGUGCGAGACUUCAUACACGCAGUGAGCAGCGAGGAUGCGAAAGAAUGCGUGGCUCCCGGUUUGUAUAUACGCGCUCUGUGCGAUGGAAUGGAUCAAGCGCUGGAGCCGUUUCGCGAAGAAAUCAUCGAAUUGGAGAAUACGGUCUUGAACGACCGCCACACCCCGCUGUCGUUGAUUCUCUGCAGCGUUGAAAAGUACACCUGUCUGUUUUCCGUACUGAAUUCCAUCAUUCGUGAGGUGAUUAUACGCUUCUCCAAGAAAGAGAUUUUAUGUCAGCUAGUUUUCGCUCCGGUUAUAUUCACUUGCUUUUCUGCAUUUAGGAUUAAAGAGUUGCGUUUUCUCCAUUCCACUUUGUAGCAAUGUUAUUUCACGUGCGCUGUUUAAUAAGAAUUUCAACGCAAAGCAAUUCUUAUUACGG